AGGUAGCUGCACCAAGUGAAAUGCAGAAGGAGGUAGGAGUCUCCUUUGUGUUAACAUCCAUGAAUCUCUCUUCUUCAUCAUUCAAUAUCUGACCAUGAGGAUAAAUCCAGAGAGCCCACAGGCCCACAGGAUCACAAUCCCUCUUAUUUCCAUAUAUACACAAUGGAGGAUGUACAAGCAAUUGGUUCUGUGGAACUGGAGUAAGGCAAGAAUCAACAUGGGAAUGCAACCUUUGGAUUGCACCCAGGAGCUGAAGCAUCAGCGACAGCAGAGGAAGUAGCAGCGGCAGCCACUAAUCCUGCUGUGACACCACAGCAGCUUGUCAUUCCAGCAGAUCUACUAAUGGAACUACAAACUGCCUGUGUCCCUCAGGAAACCACACAUGGAUAUGUCCCAGCGAGUCCGGAGGAGAUCAUGGAAGUUUAGCUCUCCUGGUGAAUCAAAGGUGGCCAUCCUUUUCUUUUACAGUUGCACAUUUCUGUGGGGUUACCCAACUUACCUGUUUUGGAUUAUGCCGUUAUCUCUUAAUACCCUGUGGAAUGCCCAUGCUACCUUCCUCCUUGGGAAUGCUCUGAUGUGGUUCCUCUUCUUAAAAGCUUCCAUGAUGAACCCAGGUUUGCUUCCUCAACACACUGAUGAAUAUUACCAGGCCAUCAGACAGGUGGAUUAUCUUAAUUACUGGGAAGAGGGCAAAAUCCUGUUGCCUAGACUAUGUCAUGAGUGCCACCUUGUGAAACCUCUUCGAGCUAAACAUUGUCGUAUCAUCAAUCGUUGUGUGUCUGGCUUUGAUCAUUAUUGUCCUUUUAUCUACAACAGCGUGGGAUACAGGAACAGGCCCUAUUUUGUAGGAUUCCUCACUACUAUGUGUCUGAACUCUGUGGUUGGAAUAUAUCUAUGCUGGAAUUGGUUUAAUGUAAUGGGACGUAGUAUUUUCAUCGGGAUCGGAUUUCUCUUUCUUUCCGUCAUUGCCACAACAUCAGCAAUGAUGACUUCACUGUGUGUUUAUAUGGCGGCAGUCAACUUAACUACUGCAGAAUGUUUCAAAACAACAAAGUAUGCAUAUCUCCUGGACCAUCAGGGGAAGUUCUUCAAUCCAUUUGAUAGAGGAAUUAUACUAAACUUUAUGGAAUUCCUUCACACCAUCAAGCCUCUAACAGAGGAGGAACUGAAAAAAGCAGAACUGACUUUGGUAUAAAGAUUAUAGAAGAGUCAUGUACUGUAUAAUAUACCAGGAUGACAACACAUCACUUUAUCAGUAAAACUGGUAGCAUGUAGGGCAUGGUUUUGGGCAUGGCGUCUUCCUAGGGAAAAGAAAUGUCUUGACAGAAACCUUUGCAUGUGCAUGGAAUGUGACAGACCUUUGAACAUGUACAGAUUGUGGGUAUAUGUAUGGAGUAAAUGGACCUUUCUCCUUAAGUGCAGGAUAUGACCUUAAGCACAGCACAGCAACACAUUUAUUGGUUCAUUUUUAAAAUUGCAUAUUUCAGUCAUUGUUCCCACCCACCCACAAUUCAGGAGAAAGGGCAAUAAAUUAUCACUCUACAAUACACAUUUCAUUUUCAAACACUAUUAAUCACUGUGCACAUUUCAUUCUGCCUUAUUCAGUAUUAAAUAUAUGCAUAGCCUAUUAUCCAUUCUAAGAUGCUGAUGGAGUUACAACAAAGCUAACAUAGGAUAUAAAAUUUGCCCAGCAGUUCUUAACUCAAAAUCUAAAUACUGUAUUACACUGCAGUUUUUUAUUUCUAUUCAACACUAGAUGGUGCUGGCUUACUUUUUUUUACUAUGAAACUGACUUCUAAUGUCUUAAUAGAGUAAAUGUUCAAAAACAACAGAACUGGGUGAAUUUCAAGUUCAGAUGUUGCACUUUUGCACCCUUCCCCCUUAUGCUGGCAGGCAUGCUGUUAUAUCCUGCAGAAAUGUAAUAAAAUAGCACCCCGUUGCUGACUCUGUGACUUAGUGACCCUAAGCCUGCGUGUUCAAGACUCAACAAAUAUAAUUCUUCUCGGUGUCAAAGGUGAAAAGAUUUGCAAGAAAUAUUUGUGAGGGUUCGUUUUCACUUGCUUGAAGCUUUCUUCUAUUUCAUUCCAAUGAACUUUUCUGUAGCUGGGGGAUAUAUAAACAUAUGCAUAAAA